UCUAGUAUUAACCAGAAGACGGAUGACACUGGCGGAGUAUGUUGGAUUUAUCAGAUUUGGUUAAUAAUGUCUCAGAGAUGUGCACCAACAGGCUAUAGACAUUGCUCAAAUAUAGGAUUAUUCAUACUUAUUGGAGUAGUAAAUGGGAUGUUAUGUCACAAAGUUACAAUUAUGCCAAUACGAGAUGACAUUUCUGCGCCAUUGUUGACUUGUUGGACCUGCAGUCAUAGUUCAGAUUCCCCAAAUAAUGAAUGUGUUAAAAUGAACAAUAGACAAAACAUGACAAAAACUGAGUGUCAAAUAUAUCAGCCAUUUUGCAAGAUUCAGCGGUUUGAGGCGGGCGGAAAGGUAGAAAAACUUGAGAGGUCAUGCACACAAAAAUGUGACCCGGGUUGCCAUAGAUACGAGUCUGUGAAACGAUGUGACUUUUGCUGUACACAACCUCUCUGCAAUGUAGGCAAUGACGCUGAUACUAGACAUCCGGUAUUACUGACAAUUGUGUCUGUACUUGUGGCAGGUGUUUGUUUGCUCGUUUAGAAACAGAAGGAACUGUCAAUAUCGUUAUCUAAUUGUCAAUUACAGUAACGCCGAUUUGGGAUAAACGAUGUUUUUUUUUUUUAAUUUCAUGGCAGUACUUGAUAGAUCUGACUGUGAUCAAAUUAAAAUACAUAAACAUAUAAUCAAUUACCAUACCACAGAAACAGUACUAUUGUGAUACAUGUACAGAUUGUUCAUGCUCUUCAAUAAUAAGAGUAAAAAAAUCUCACAAGUAUAAUGAUAACUUAUUACUAAGUAACAGGAACAUCGAUCGAUGCCUUACACUAGCACACCCUCGUACAGAAUACUUGUAUUCUACCGAAUUGAUCGCCAAUUCUGAAGUAAAUUUAGAUUAGCCUGAAACCUAAUUAAUAUCAUCGUUUUCUAAAUUGGACAUGUAUAUUUUUUUUCUGUAUGAGUAUUUUUGUUUCUUUGUUUUCGAUGGCUGAUAUUGCAUUGCAUAGAGCAUACUUUCUAAAUAGAAAAAUGUCUUACUUCUUAAAUAGUUGUAAUGCAAACAUGUUUAUAUACAUGCUAAUUGUAUAAUUAGACUUUAUUUUAAUUAUU